AUGACUGCACUUCUCGUAAGCGCCCUGCUGUUUCUCUUUUUAAAACAAUACCAGGGUCUCCAUGAAGAGCUGGAUGGCGAGAUCAACUCGGACGAGGACGAGGUAACUGCUGCUACUGACAUGAUAUUCAAGUAUGAGUUAAAAGGUUGCUCCUGGACCAAGGAUACAGAUGCUCGUGGACUCAGCAGGCAUCGCGCCACGUCUACGGAGAGAAGGCGGGAGCGGGCAAAAGAGGUGAUACGAACUGUGACACCAUACAAAUUGACCCAACGCCUCGCUCCGCUUGCCCCAAUUCGAUCCACGAACUUGAAUGAUCGACAUCCGAAACCUAUAGCCCAUUACGAGCCUAGCAAAGGGUUCAGCUUAACUCAGAAGAGCCAUGUGCCUCCUAAGACCCAGAUGUUGAAAUGGAGGGUACCACUCAAGUUGGACUCAGGGGAGACCAUGGGAUUCCAGGGUCAGGUCAUCUGA